UCAACAUGUGAGGUAGCACGGACGUCACGACCUCCUCCUUCUCUUCACACAGGACCAAUUCCCCGUCUCCACUGGUCUUGUUCCAACCUCGACCUACACCCACCAACCGACAUCCACCACCAUUCGCCCUCAGCCUUAGUUCCCUAGAGUAGAUUAGGUGCUUUGUUCUCAUCACCACUUAACUUCGGCGUUCGCUUGUCUCUCUCUAGAGACCCGUUCGCAGCCGAAAAUGUCGGAGCAGAGCAGGGUCAGAAGCUGGUUCGGUGGAAGCAAGGUCGACAGUGCCCAAGACCAGCCUCAAGAGGCCACGCCUCCAGGCACAGCCGCGGAACAGGACCGCUAUGGGAACUCCUUCGGUGGGGACAAGCUCCCCCCCGUUGAUCGUCACGCCGGGAUGAGACUGCCCGAGGUCUCCGGAGCCGAGCAGGAUAGGUACGAGCAUUGGUUUGGGGGGGAUAAGCUACCUUCUAGAGCCGAUAUCGAGAAGAGGCUGCCUCACACCUCCGGCGCCGAGCAGGAUACGUAUGGGCGUUGGUUCUCACACGAGAGGGCCCCUCCGACCACCAUCAUCGACAGUGACCCGUCCCUCGCUUCUAGUUCCGAGCCGAGACACUACGAAAUCCACUUCAGACCCGGUCCUGCCCACAUAAUCCGACCCAAUAGCACCGCCUCUACACUCGGCCUUCUCGAGCACGCCGUCUUGCCGUCGUUCUGCUUCCACUCGGGUUUAGGUGUCAUCGCCUAUGGCAUAGGUCGUUAUACCAACAGAGUGGACGUCAAGGACAUUGCGUGGCCCAGUGGCCAGGUCGCCAACGCUUGGUGGAGCGCCAUCGGAAUCCCCGUUGUGUACUACGGGGUGCCCGUUCUCGUGGCCUGGGAAACGUUGACAUAUAACCAGAAGCUUCUCCUAGCUGGCGUCAGCGCCUGGGGACUCCGACUCCUCUAUCGCAUCGUGUUACGCAGCCUCCGGCGCGGCUCGGACGAUCCCCGUUACGAGACCGCCGCCAGAAAGCAGUCAGAUUUCUGGAACAAGGCCAGCCUCACCACGUUCCUCCCCGAUACGCUCGCCCAGGCCUUAAUCUCCCUGCCAUUCACCUUGUCAUUCCGCGCUCCCGCCGUCAGUACUGCCGUCGCUGUGCCGCUUCCGGAAGGCUCUACUAUUUCCCACAGUCUGGCCGUCUUCCUUUUCACCACCGGCUACGCUCUUGAAGCCCUGGCCGACUCGCAGCUAGAGGCCCACAGCCGUAAGGCGAAGAACGAGAUCAGCACUAGUGGGGUUUGGAGCAUCGUCCGCCAUCCUAACUACCUCGGCGACGCGCUAUGCCACCUCUCCUUCCCCUUCCUACUCUACAGCGCAGGCCAGCUGCACCCACUCACGCUAGUCGGCCCCGUCGCGAAUUACGUUUUCCUACGCUUCAUCCGCGGGGAUAGGGAGAACGAGAAGAAUCAGGAGAAGCGCUACUCCCGGGAGAACCCCGUCAAGUACCAGGAGCUACAGCAGUACAAGAGCGCCAAGAAUAGCUUCUGGCCCGGCCCGGCCGAGAUCGGUAACAAGUGGCUGUGGGCCGUCGUGGCCGCCGGAGCUAGUGCCGUCGUCGUGGAGCGUGCAGCGCUUGCGUAUACGAGGUCAUGAAACAUCUAGGCCGCUUAUGGUGGAAAGUCGGUCCAUGGGCCUCGUCGUCUGGGGACGGCCUCGCGAACCCCUUCUCAGCGGCGUAUUUCUCACAUGUAAUAUUAUAGUGGAUAAUACUGUAUUAUUGCUAUUGCCUCACCACACUCAUGUUUUCGACCCUAAUUCUAAUCAAUAUGCAACUGUACCGUCAUUCGAAGAACAGGGCAUUCAUGCCUAUAUAAGGAAUAAUAAAUUGAUAUAGCUCGCGCCAUGAUAAGAUGUGUGAGAGGACUAGAUACCUAUGUAUGAUUUAAACGUGGUCAAGGCAUGCCAACGCGCAUGAUCCCUUAAGAACAUGAGAAUAUCCCUACAAAGACAUUGUAAUAAGCGCGACCCAGUCUACUGGUCGUCCCCAGUAAUGCAUAUAUCGU